AUCAGAGCCACUGUGUGAAACGGAAGACUGCGGAGUGUAUUUUCACUUACUGCGAACCUCAAGAAAAACUUAAGAAAAAAGCAGGUGAGAUCAGAAGGAUGUCGGGGUUUCUGGAUGGGAUCCGAUGUGGGGAUUGUGAGUGUAAUGUGGACUGGAGUGAGAAGAGAAACACCAUCGCCUCCAUCGCAGCUGGUGUUCUGUUUUUCACAGGCUGGUGGAUCAUCAUCGAUGCAGCGAUAAUGUACCCUAAAGAAGAACAGUUCCAUCACGCAUACCAUACCUGUGGAGUUAUAGCGACUAUAGCCUUCCUCAUGAUCAAUGCAGUGUCCAAUGGGCAGGUUAGGGGGGACAGCUACAGCGAGGGCUGCUUGGGCCAGACAGGUGCCAGAGUUUGGCUCUUUAUUGGGUUCAUGUUGGCAUUCGGGUCUCUGAUCGCCUCUAUGUGGAUUCUGUUUGGAGGGUUUGUUGUGUCUGACCUAAAGGAUCUUUCAGUGUAUCCUGGUAUUGCUGUUUUCUUCCAAAAUGCAUUCAUCUUCUUUGGUGGUCUGGUGUUUAAGUUUGGCCGCACUGAGGACCUCUGGCAGUGAAGAACCAUUUCCUCCAGUCAAAUUCCACAGUCCACCAACACACAUCUUUUCUCUACAGCGACCUAAUGCUGCUUAUUUGCACUCUCUCUCAUUCUCUUUCUCUAUCAGACUCUCCUUUUUGUAGUUCUCAGUCAACGCCCACUCUUAAAUGUUUAUUCUUCCUUCCUUUGUUUUGUUUCCUGUGUGGCCACAGUGGGUCCACAGUACAAGAACAAUGCAAAUCCAUAGUCCAUACUCCGCUGUCAGAAUGGACAUAUCUAGACUUGAGUGUAGAAUAAAAAUUCUAAGUAUACAAUACAAUUUCAAUUCUAUAACGAAUGGGAUCCCAUGUAUGGAAUAGAGACUCCCAUUUGGACUGCACCAUAGAGCUAUUUUUAUUUCAGAUAUUUUUUUCUUCAGCCUGGCUGGCAUUUUAUAUCAGAUCACACACAGAAAUAAAAUAAAACCGCAGCAGAUGAUGCACAGAGCGUGGUAAUAAAGUUUGUGGUUCAUCUGCGAGUGAUGCUUCUGAAAAGCAUUAGCUUUUACAUCUAACCUAACCAGAUGCAAAAAAGCAGUGCAACGCAACACAGACACAGUCAAUCAAAAAAUAUUUCAUGUUUAGUACAGAGAUUAUACAUUACAUCUGUGGGAAACUGGAAUUUGGACCAAUGAUUUUUAACUGUGGGCGGGGCUAGCGAGCACAACGCCAUAGAAAUAAAUCCAAGCAAUUGACAAAAUCAAGUGGUGUUCUUCACUUGUUCUGGCUGGUUAGGACAUAAAUGUUUUGCUUUAUCACACCUCUUGUUAGGAUAUGGUGUUAACAAGACUUGCGAAUAGUGUCAUGGUGCAGAAAGUGUUUUCCUGCUGCGCAAAGACAGAAGAAUCUUUGUAAACCGAAAUGAGUUUGACUGGCUCUCAGUCCUUUAACUCACUGUGUUGCUAUUUUUAAUGCAUCAUCGCGUGCAUGGGAGAUUUUUUUCUUUUACUAAGCCACCAAAUUUGUAUCCGCUUCUUUAAGUGUAGACUUUCAUUCAUGUAAUAUAUCAAUGUGCAGAUUUGAGAAUACACUCCUGUCAGAUCUGCCAUAUUGAUCAACCUUUGGGAAACUGACAUCACACAGCACAGAGUUUUGUUGUACAUACCACUUUUGGAAGAUUUUUGUAAAACUUUCCAAUUUUAUUAUUUUCCAUGACUUUCCCAAGCUUUGACCGGCCAAUGUCAUACUUCCCCGGUUGUUUCAGUGUUUGAAACGUAAUUAUUUUUGUCGUUCUGUUUUGUGGUGCAGAAAUGCACUCAUCACCUUUAAAAUGUCAUGCUAAUUUCCAGAUUGUCCAUGAUUGUGGGAACCCUGGUGAUAUAUUUUGUGAUUUAGAGCUUAAAGUCCACUCUCUGGGUAUGUUCGGACAUAUUGGAGAGAUGUAUAAAAAAAAGUCAAUGUUUUCAGAAAGCACAAUUUUUUUAAUUAUUUCAGUGGUUAUGGGAGAAUAAAGUAACGUCAGUCAGAGAAAUAGACUCGUCUGUCAACACUAAUAAAUUAGAGGUGAUUUCUACAUGCUUAAUGAAUGUAACAUUUUAAUGUAUUCCAUGUUUCUCUUUAUGACAAAAAGUAGCUAAACUUCAUCCAUCUGUGGGCUCAAAACAAAUAAAAUUGUUGUAAAUAUGUACAAAGCUAAUGUAUAAUUUCCAGACGUUCAAUUCUUUCACAUGAUAAUCUUUAUCUGCUAUAUCUCUUGUGCCUUGAAAUUAGUUUUAUAUAUUGCAUUGAUGGUGUCGUGUAUCAGUUUGUCAUUGUCUGGCUUAAACAAUCUCUUCUCUGUGUUUGCUGUUUCAACUGAAGUAAUUCAAUCCUGCAUCAGUUUCCUGAAGCUCAGAAAUGUCCUUGGCCUUGUUGUUUAGUGUGACUUGUCUCAUAGAAAAUACAUUGUUUUUUAUGCAAAGACAUAUAGUAAAAUGUUUAUUUAGGCAAUCUCUCUUUCUCUCACACACCGUAUUCAUUGCAUUUUUGAUUUUAUGUCUUGAGUCCUCUGUUGCCGUGCCUCAUUUUUGUACCACCAAAUUAGGAAACUGCAAAACAAAUGAAUAAAUAAACUACAAAUCAUAAA